UAAACGUGCAGAGAAACAGGUGAGGAGAAGCAGCGAGAGAGAAGGGGCCAGGUAUAAAGAGGGCCCACAAGAGACCAGCUCCAGGAUCCCAAGGCCCAACUCCCCGAACCACUCAGGGUCCUGUGGACAGCUCACCUAGCGGCAAUGGCUGCAGGCUCCCGGACGUCCCUGCUCCUGGCUUUUGGCCUGCUCUGCCUGCCCUGGCUUCAAGAGGGCAGUGCCUUCCCAACCAUUCCCUUAUCCAGGCUUUUUGACAAUGCUAUGCUCCGCGCCCGUCGCCUGUACCAGCUGGCAUAUGACACCUAUCAGGAGUUUGAAGAAGCCUAUAUCCUGAAGGAGCAGAAGUAUUCAUUCCUGCAGAACCCCCAGACCUCCCUCUGCUUCUCAGAGUCUAUUCCAACACCUUCCAACAGGGUGAAAACGCAGCAGAAAUCCAACCUAGAGCUGCUCCGCAUCUCCCUGCUGCUCAUCCAGUCAUGGCUGGAGCCCGUGCAGCUCCUCAGGAGCGUCUUCGCCAACAGCCUGGUGUAUGGCGCCUCGGACAGCAACGUCUAUCGCCACCUAAAGGACCUAGAGGAAGGCAUCCAAACGCUGAUGUGGGUGAGGGUGGCACCAGGGAUCCCCAAUCCUGGGGCCCCACUGGCUUCCAGGGACUGGGGAGAGAAACACUGCUGCCCUCUUUUUAGCAGUCAGGCGCUGACCCAAGAGAACUCACCGUAUUCUUCAUUUCCCCUCGUGAAUCCUCCAGGCCUUUCUCUACAACCUGGAGGGGAGGGAGGAAAAUGGAUGAAUGAGAGAGGGAGGGAACAGUCCCCAAGCGCUUGGCCUCUCCUUCUCUUCCUUCACUUUGCAGAGGCUGGAAGAUGGCAGCCCCCGGACUGGGCAGAUCUUCAAUCAGUCCUACAGCAAGUUUGACACAAAAUCGCACAACGAUGACGCACUGCUCAAGAACUACGGGCUGCUCUACUGCUUCAGGAAGGACAUGGACAAGGUCGAGACAUUCC